GAUGCGGCAGCCAUAUUGAAAAUCACGUUGCAGGUUCGAAAGAGCAAAGAAUUUUGACACAAAAAUUCACAAAUAAUUCAAGAUGGACUUUCARCACAGAGCUGGUGGAAAGACAGGAUCUGGUGGAGUUGCUUCUGCUUCGGAAUCGAACAGAGAUCGUAGAGAAAGGUUGAGGCAAUUGGCUUUGGAAACGAUCGAUCUGAACAAGGAUCCAUAUUUUAUGAAAAACCAUCUUGGAUCUUAUGAAUGUAAACUGUGUUUAACUUUGCAUAAUAAUGAGGGAAGCUAUCUGGCACAUACACAAGGAAAGAAACAUCAGUCAAACUUGGCCCGUCGUGCUGCAAAAGAAGCUAAAGAUGCUCCUGCCCAACCAGCUUUAGAAAAACCAAGGGUAUCCUUGAAGAAGUUUGUUAAAAUUGGCCGUCCUGGUUAUAAAGUUACAAAGCAAAGAGAUCCAGAUAAUGGCCAGCAUAGUCUACUUUUCCAGAUUGAUUAUCCUGAAAUAGCAGAAGGAGUGACACCAAGACACAGGUUUAUGUCAGCCUACGAGCAAAGAAUAGAGCCACCAGACAAGUCCUGGCAGUAUUUACUACUUGCAGCUGAACCUUAUGAAACUAUUUCAUUUAAGAUACCAAGUAGAGAAAUUGAUAAAGAUGAAGGAAGAUUUUGGACACAAUGGAAUAGAGAAACAAAACAGUUUUAUUUACAGUUCCACUUCAGACUYACACCACAACAGAUACAGUCRCAGCAACAGCAACAUCGCAAACCUCCACAACCACUAAUGCCACCUGGUCUUGURCCACAACGACCAAAGAACAUUCCAGCCGCUAAUCCCCUAAACCCUUUUGCUCGUUAAUAACUCUUGUAAAAACUCACUUUAAUAUCUGUUUUCACUUWGUAGUUUUAAAAUUAAAGCUAGUCAAAUGUA